UCCGCGAGUCUGGAAGCCACAGUGCGCGAUAACGUGUGUUAUUAUUGGUGUUAUCGUUUAAAUAUCGAUAUUGGAAUAUUUUCAAUAUAAUAUCCAGCCGAUAUCGCCGAUACUACAGGGGACGCUACACCGCAAGAACGUCGCGAGAGACAAUUUCGCGCGACGGAUAUUGACGAAUACAAUACUGGCGAGCUCCGGUCUGUGCUCUGUCGUGAUCGAUGUCGCCGCUUCUUUUUCCGCGAACGAGCGGAUGACGUAUUAUCUCGCGGACGAUGCGUUUUUCUCGGCGGAAUCGACCUAACUGCGCGUCCUCGGCCGCUGCUCUCGGCUCGCCCGGGGCAUUUUACGCGAUUGUUAGUAAGAUGAUCGCACAAAUUAUCGGUGUAAAUGAUCAACGCGCGGAAUAGGACCGUCGUGACGUCAAGAGAGACGUCCCAGCGAGCCAGUGAAUCACAAGGGUAUCGCGUGGACGAUUCCGCGAACACCGCGUAAUCGGAAUUUAACAUCAACUCGCGAGUAGAUAUCGGCGAUACCUGUGAACGCUCGUCGCGCUCGUACACCCGGGUGAUGAGAGAUGGCGAAAAUGAAGAUAGAGCUGGUGGAAGUUGAAGUAUCGACGGAAGACAGCAGCUCGCUCGUCGCACUGGGCAGCAUGGACACGGACGAUUACGACGGAGUCGAGGCGGAGUUGACGAGUCUCUCCUGGCUGCAAUCGUUGGACAUCACCAGCGCGUCCGGUCUGCCGACGCCACCUUGCUCGCCCUCGCCGCCGCCGCCGCCGGUCGCUCGCCAACCCCCGAAAAAGCUCUCACCCUUGGUCAAAGCCGAAUUAGACCUUGCGGAAAACGCUGAGAAGUAUCGAACGGAUCCCGACGCGAAACCGCCGUUCUCCUACUGCACUAUCAUAUGCCUUGCGAUGCGCAAGAACAACAACAAGGUGUCCCUUUCCAACAUUUACGCGUGGAUCCGCGAGAAUUUCCUGUUCUACAAGUACGCCGAUCCGGCCUGGCAGAACUCGAUUCGGCAUAAUCUCUCGCUGAACAAGUGUUUCGUCAAGUUGCCGCGCUCCAAGGACGAGCCGGGCAAGGGCGGCUUCUGGAAGCUGGACAUCGAGCGUAUGCAGGAAGGCAAACGAUCGAACGGACGCCGUUCCGCGAGGUCGCAGCGAGUUCGCUGCUCGAAGAACCGGCAGUCCCCGACAACAGCGGUGACGACGACAAUGACGGCGGCGACGACGACGCUCAACGCUCUCAACAACAAGCCGCCUACCAGCUGCUUGUCCGCCCUGUACGAGACUCCGCCCAGCAGCGUGUCGCCCCCGAUCCCGGACACUCUGUCUGAAGUGCCGGAGUCGACGCAGGUGAGCCUGAGCGAGGAUGAUCUCACGGGUCUGCUGAUCGCCACCGCAAACUGGGACGAGAAUCAGCUGGACCUGUUCGACUCCCUGCUGAACACCCUCUAAACGCCGGCGACG